AAGCUGAUUUUGGUAUAUUUGAUGAAUUAGAAAAUCGUAUACCUAUACCAAGAAAUAAUAAUAUACCACGAGUACAAAUGAGCAAUAUGAUGGGAACAUUAAAUAGUUUACCAGGUCAUGAAAGAUUUGAUGAUCCAUCGGGAGCAGCUAGUAUAUUUUCGGAUAUUCGAGAUCCUGAUGAUGUUGAAUUAGUUACGGAUAUGGUCGAUGAUAUGACUAAAGAUGAUGAUAUCGAAGAUGAAUUUGUUGAAGCAUUAAAUCCGAAUUUAUCAAUUCCAAGAUUGAAUCCACAAUCUGAAAGGCAACCAGCGGGAUGGUUCUCCGUAUGUUUAAAUUAA